CUUCAACCCCUCCAACAGGCACGUUCCCAGUGUUCCCAGUUGUGCACGGUCAAAACCUUGUAUUUGAAGAUUCCUUAAUAAAAAAUGACCAACUUUUUGGAUGCCAAGGGUAUGUGCACGCGCCCCGUGCACACCCCCCUGUGUACGUGCCUGUCCAAGUUCAGAGCCAUAGAUUUUAUCUCCAGAUGUGUGAGGCCAGAGUCCUAAGACACUAGGCCACUUGGUUUAGAAGGUGUACUUUAUUACAGAUUAUAAUAAUGCCAUAUACAUAUAGGCAUUCAAGUCCCAGAAUACAAAGCAAAAUAUUUUCAUUUUUUCUGUUGAUUUUGGUGAUCUUGCAGAAGAAGUGUUUAUCAGGAGCUAGGAUUAAGUUGCCAUCAAUGGUAAUCGGGUCUUUGAGGAGAUCCGGGGGAGAAAGAACUCUGAAGUGGCAAUGGACCCCACCCCCUUGCUUUUAUCCUACCCUGUGGCUUAGGCGAUUGUAGCGGGAUACCUGUGUUCUAGUUCACUCCGCUGAUCCGUUCCUAAGCCCACGCGCAAUGGCCGCCACUGAUAGUUCCGAAUUCGAUAUAAAGUUCUCCCUUGAAGAGAACGACUCACGAGAAGUAAAAGCUCAGCUUCUAAUAGUGUUUAUAAAGCACUUGCUUCAUGAUCGAUUCCAAGUACCGUGUACUAUAGACCAAAUUCGGAGCGAGGCCGAAGAGGAAUCUUCGAAAGCCGGGCAAACGAAGAAAACUAGACUGUCCACCGACAUAACCAAGAAGCGAGACAAAAUAAUAACUGAUUUAGACAUUUUAUUCAAAAACCUAGAGGAGUUGUUCCACACUACAGACGUUGCAUCUGUUGUCGUUAUCUAUGGUUCAACAGCUGUUAGUCCAAAGGAAAGCUAUAUCCUUCAAUUUGAUGCGAAUUCUUCAAAUUCCUUCACUUUAAGUUCUUCGAACAAAGAAAAUCUCUGCUCAUCUGGCCUCACUAACAGAUUAUGCAGAAAGCUGAUUCGGGCGCUGAUCUCUAAUCCUGUGCUUAGCAAAUUCCAAGAGAUACCAUUGACUCCGAUGCUUGUAUUUGUUAGUGUUCCAAGAACGGUAAAGAAUUCUUGGUUUCGGCCAAAGCCUUCAUUCAAGGUCCCUUGGAGAGGCAAUUGUUUCAGGAUUUCUGUAUCAUCUUCUAGUGUGCAAGAUUUUCCCAGCCAAUCAAGUGAUCAGGAUGAACUUAUAUGGAUGCAGGCACCAAUAACUAUCAAGGGAUUUCGUUUGAAAGUCAAGGAAGAGAAUUCAUCUUCUCAUUUCUGGUCUUAAUUUUACUCAUAUUAGAAUAUAUAUUUUUUAUUUUAGACCAGGGCACACCUCUUCUAGGGGUGGGGUAGGAAUUGGAGAGCUGGACGAGAGUAUGGUACCCCCCCUCCCCCAACCUAAUCCUUUUUACCCUUGUUUAUGCUCUCACCACAUUCUACCCUAAGAUGGGUGCAUCAAGGAUUAGUACUACCCUCAAAAACAGGCCCAUGGACAGAGAGAUGUGAAAUUGGACCGCUUGAAUAGUUAUCCUAACAAAUUAUCCUGGUGACAAUUUCUUUGUCAUUUUGCAUUGUUUGAUCACAAAAUGCACUGUACACAAUGUUCAUGUGUUUUUAUAACUUAUAACUUGUUAAAGCUGAUGCAACAUGUUCUAAGUACAAUUUCUAGCUAAACUCUAUGGCUUGGCCAUAAGUCAUGCACAUGUUCAGAUUUUACAAUGUGUAUGGCUUCUCACAAGGAAAACCAACUUUUUUAAUACAUAGUAAAUUGAUAUCACUUUUAUAAUCACAUCAUAAUCAUGAUUUUACAUGUUUAGUCAAAUUUUAUGAUUCACCUUUUCAUUUGUAGGUUAAAUAGCUGUCUAUUGAAAUAACCUUACUCAGUAGCUAAUUUCUUCCUGUGGGCCUGCAAAGGUUUAAGCAAAGAAUUCAAAAGAAUUAAGGCCUUACCGUGAAGGGAGGGGCAUGUGCCAUAUACUUAAGUGCAAGAAAAGUAUUUAUCUAUUUGUAAAGACAAUGGCAUUCCCUCAAUAUCAUUGACAAUGCCACAGUACCUAAAAUUAAUAAACUAACUUAAACACAGCAUGUUUUUUUCACAUUUUUUUUACAUUUUUGUACAGUCAGCAUAUAUUGUUUAGGCUCAUCUACUCCAUUGAAAUGAAAAAACUGUCUGAGAGUAUUUUGAGAGUAUUUUUAGAGCUAUGAUAUCAACAGCUCAAUACAAGGUAUACAAAAGGGAUGACAAUUAUGUGGCCACAAUAAGGUGUCCACCUCACAAGUAAAAUAUGUGAUGUUACAAUAUUUAUGCUGCAGAAUUCCUUUGAAAAGAGGUUAAGUGGACUUUUUAUUGUGUAUUUCUAUCCACAGUGGAGUUGGUUUCUAUUGGCAUUUGAAUAAAUUAUUUACAAUUCACA